AAGCAUCAAAUCAACUUGUAACAGGCUGCUGCUGUGGGUUUGAACUCUUUGAGUUUACUGUAGAACCUUAAAACGCCAAGUUGAAGUUCACUCAAAAAUUAAAUCCAGAUGAGAGCGAAGCUUUCAGCCAACAUUGGUUCAUAACUGACAUAACCCGUGCUGCACAUCAUGCGUGAAUAGUCUGAAAGAGUUCAACUCCUCCUCAGCACUGAUCAGAUCCGCCUCCUGUCAGCGCUGCUCCAGCAGCAGAUGCCGGCUGUUCUCUCACACACUGCGCUCUUUCUGCACUGCCAACUCAGCCGCGUUCACUGACAACGAAAAGGAUGACAUCGCGCUAUAAAGCUUAAUCUCGCUUAAUCUGAUGACUUUUAAGCAUACACAUUUUUAAUUUUGGAGCCAGAAGCAGGCUAUGAAAAUUUCUUGGCAGCUAAACUAAUUGGUGACAGGCUGUGCCUGCCAGCAUACUCGCAAGAUAAUUUCUCAGUUCUACGCUCAGUGAGCCUCACAACAUGUGUCAGUUAUGCGUUGUCAUUGUGAUAUGCUGUGCGUUUUUUCCAUGGAGCUCUGCAGCGCCAAAGACCUGGGGUGAGGAUCCCAGGUCACAGUUUGAAAGCGAGUACGCGCAAAAUGGCAUGCUCCAGGAGGAGAUAGAAGGCCAGGAGAGCAUCCUCUCUAAGCUGCUGGGUGAUUAUGACAAAGUGAAAGCCCUCUCGGAAGGCUCUGACUGUCGGUGUAAAUGUGUUGUCAGACCCCUGAGCAGAAGCGCCUGCCGGCGGAUAGAAGAAGGGAGCGCCACUGCGCAGGACUUCUACACUGUGGAGACAAUCACAUCUGGACCGGAGUGCAAGUGCGCCUGCAUCGCUCCUCCGUCAGCUGUCAACCCAUGCGAAGGAGAGUACAGGCUGAAAAAACUUAGAGAAGCUGGAAAAGAGAAUGUCAAGCUGUCCACCAUCCUGGAGCUGCUGGAGGGCUCCUUCUUCGGCAUGGAUCUGCUGAAGCUACACUCUGUCACCAACAAGCUCCUGGGUCGCAUGGAACACAUAGAAAAGGUGGUGUCUCUGAAUGGCAUGACAGAUGUGGUGAAGCCCCAGGAGAGCCCCGUGGUCCAGGCAGAUGUGACGGAAAGCCCACCCACCACCCCACCUGACCAGCAUCAGGACAUGAAGACCCUCAGUGAGAUCAGCGGGGCCGCAGCAUAUCAAAACCCUGAUGAAAAGUAUGAGGAGAAGUUUAUUGGGGAAAAUCCAUCCUUCCUACAGACAGCUGUUCCUGCUCAGACCAUUGAGGUCAAACCUCAGGUGACUCCCAAACACGUGGCUAACAAAGAGGCUUCUCAGGUGUCGAAGACUGGCGCCAAUGGAAUGAUCAUCAGAGGAAUGACUUUUUAUAAAUCUGCGCCAGAUCCGAUGGUGGCGGAUGACGGGGAACCUGGAGAGAACUUUUUUGAGUAUCAUGGAUUUAGUGGUGAGGGCCCAGUUAACCUCUUCAUUGAAGAGAAUCUUCUACAACACAGAGCCCCUCGCCCGAGGAUGAGGGCUGGACCGAGAUCACAUCGUCCAAAGAUGACAGAUCUUUUGCGUGAUUCUAAGAAGCCCAGCCAAUCAACAAAAACGAAAGAAACCGAGCCCAUCUUAGAAACUCAUAAUGAGUUCGUCAGUGCCACUCGAACCACAUCAGUGGAUUUGUCUGCAGAUGUGCAGAGCGACACAUCAGUCAUGUCUGCGCCAACCACUAGCACACAAGAAACCAGGAGCACAGACACUGUACCUCUGACUACUCAAAGAGUCACUGCUGGAAUCGCUAAAUGGUCGAUCCCUUUGAUGGCUGAACCAGCCGGCACUUCUUCAAGUGACACUACCAAGAAAACAACUGAAACUGCAGGGAACACAACCGACGCCUCUGAAAAUGAAGCCACAAAGAAAAUCCUAUCAGAGUUCACAACAAGAAAUACACCAACCACCAGUAUGAAAGCCUCUACCCUGAAGGUGAAAGGUCAUAUGCAAUCCAUACAUGGCAGUACUGCAGCUCAUUCAAGCACCCUUGCAUCUAAUCCAGCCACGGAGACUUUAACUACCGGCCAAACUUCAAUUCUGGCCAUCACAACUCCUGCUGCCCCGACCUCAGCACCAAUACGCCCCACAGCAGCUUCCACAAUAGCUACCUCCACACAGGCUGCUACCACAGCACCAGCGGAAAGUGAAGCUACCUACUUUUCUGACUUGAAUUUGCCUUCUACCACACAGAGACUGACCACUUUGUUUCCUCAGACUUCUCUUCCAUCCACCACACCUGUAACUACCUCCUCUUUAACCACCACCACCACCACCACUACGAGGCAGGCUGUGCAAGUCAAAAGGAGAUAUAAAAUCAGCUGGUAUGAGGAAGAGGGAGCAAAGGAACACCCAGAAUUGGAUGAGCCAAUGCAAAGGCAGGAGGAAUCUUCUUCAAGAAAACCAGGGGAGUGUAAAGACACUUUGGCAACAAUCUCAGAACCAGUAACUCACAACACCUACGGCAGGAAUGAAGGCGCAUGGAUGAAAGAUCCGAUGUCUGAGAAUGACAAAAUUUAUGUCACAAACUUCUACUAUGGAAAUAACCUCCUUGAGUUCCGCAACCUGGAGGUUUUCAAAUCAGGCCGUUUUACCAAUUCAUACAAACUUCCUUACAACUGGAUUGGCACAGGCCAUGUGGUCUACAAUGGGGCUUUCUACUACAGCCGUGCCUUCUCCCGGGACAUCAUCAAGUAUGACCUGCGUCAGCGUUAUGUGGCUGCCUGGACCAUGCUGCAUGAUGCCCUGGUCGAGGAGACGUCGUCACCUUGGGAGUGGCGCAGCCACUCGGAUGUCAACUUUGCUGUGGACGAGAGUGGCUUGUGGAUCAUUUACCCAGCGCUGGAUGAUGAGGGCUUCUUACAGGAACUGAUUGUUCUGAGUCGCCUGAACCCCUCAGACCUCAGCAUGCAGAGGGAGACCACUUGGAGAACUGGGCUCAAAAGAAACCACUACGGGAACUGCUUCAUUGUGUGCGGCGUCCUGUAUGCUGUUGACAGCUACAACCAAAGGGAUGCCAAUCUGGAAUACGCCUUUGACACGCACACAAACACUCAGAUGAUUCCCAGAAUGCCCUUCACCAACAACUACACCUACACCACGCAGAUUGACUACAAUCCUAAAGAGGGUGUUCUGUAUGCAUGGGACAAUGGACACCAGGUUACAUACAACAUUAAGUUUGCCUACGUAGACCCUUAGUAAGGGUUUGACAGUAGUUAUUUUCAAAAGGUAAUUCUAUGAUUUGAAUGGAUUGUAGAUCAGUCCAUAUGAGCUCCAGCAUGGAGACAAACGGGGGCCAAAUGUAAAUCAGUAUUUGUGACAAAAUGGUUCUUAUCAGAAUCAAGAAUUUUUCAUUUUUCAUUUUUUUUACCUGAAACGAAUGGAACAGUGAGCCCAGUUCCUCAGUCAACACAUCUAGUACUGUUUACAUUGUAAUACUGUAAAAAGCUAAGUACAGAAAGAAUAAAUCCAUGGCUUGGGUCAGACAACGAUUUAGCAAUUCACGUAAAAAAACCUGAAAAAUAAAAACAGUUCAUAGAGAUAUACUCUUUAAACAGAUUCCCAAAUAACAUUUUUUUCUGUUUUAUACACAUUAUUUUGUAUUAAAGUUUUCUUUGCAUCUUAUGCCGCAGGUCCUCUUUGGGAUAGUAUCACAGGUAUCGCUGUUGAGGUUUGUCUUGUGAAAGCACUUACUCCCUCCAUAUGAGACUGUUCUGAGGAGACUACAAUAAAGUUCGGAAAUACUACCAUAAAA